CAUUUUCAUAUUGGUUAAAAAAAGACAGAGAUAAACGUCAAAAUUGUAACCUCUAUUAUUAAAUAUUGUUAAAAUUUGUAAACAAACAUAAAUAAUGGCAGAUGAAGUGGAUUAUAAAGUCCAUAGCAUUUUGGACAUGAAAAUAGAAUUAGAAGAAACGGGUUUUGUGUAUUAUUAUUUAAUUGAUUGGGGUGAUGGAAUUUCAAAACCAAAUUGGGAACCCAGUUAUAACUUAAGCUGUCCCUCGAAAAUAAGAGAGUAUAAGAACAAACAGAAAAAGGCUAAUGCAGAAAAUAAAAUGAGUUCUAUGACGACUGUGCAACAAAGAGCCUACGUAAAAAUGCUUAAAGAAGAGGAUGCUGUUGAUAAAGAAAUCAGACAAAAAUUUGAAGAACUAUGUAGAUCCAGUCCAUACCCAAUCGCCUUUAAUAGACAACUAAACAUAAGAAGAAUAAUAAAUGCUUUUGAACAUAAAGGUAAAUUGAUUUACGUUGUUGCGUGGAAAAAUUCCAACAAAGUUGAUGCGAUACCGGCCAAAAUUUGUAACGUUAUGAUACCAGAACACGUAAUAGACUUUCUGGAAAGCAAACUUUGGGUGCGUAACGAUAGAGGUGUGUUGGUUAAGUGGGGUUAUGAGGAAGAUGAGAAGUUUGAUAACCCCUGGGGUAAAACACCGGAAAUUCGCGGUGAAAUAUAUAGUAUCGAAUAUAAUAAUUAUGAUAAAGAAAGUUCGUCACAAUCUGAAUUUGAGGAAGAAAUUGAACAGGAAUAAAUUUUAUGUGAUUAUUUAUAGUUUUAUAAAAAUUUAAUAUAUGUAUGUAAAAAAAACAAAAUAUAGCUUAACA